GGCCGCGGCCGCUGGGAGUCCCCAACCGAGCCACCGAGGACACGAUGCAGUGCCUGGGCGCCGAGUACCUGGUUUCUGAAGAGAGAGCUCCCAGGCAAAGAGAGUGGCGACCCCAGAUUUAUAGGAAAUGCACAGAUACAGCAUGGCUGUUCCUGUUCUUUUUCUUCUGGACCGGUUUGAUGUUCAUCAUGGGCUACUCGGCAGUGGCUGGAGCCACAGCAAGACUCCUGUUCGGCUAUGACAGCUUUGGCAACGUGUGUGGCAAGAGGAACUCCCCAGUGCAAGGGGCCCCUCUUUCAGGGCAAGACAUGACCCUAAAAAAACAUGUGUUCUUUAUGAAUUCCUGCAAACCGGAUAUCAAAGAUAGGAAGCUUGGUUCCACUGCCCUCUGCGUGUCCAGCUGUCCUGAAGAGCAGCUCAACACCUUGGAAGAGGUUCAGCUCUUUGCAAACACCAGUGGGUCUUUCCUGUGCAUCUAUAACUUGAAUUCCUUCAACUACACCCGGAAUCCAAAUGCAAACUCGCUGUGCCCUAGGCUACCAGUUCCUCCAAGCAAGUCUUUCCCGUUGUUUAACCGGUGCGUGCCUCAAACACCUGAGUGCUACUCCCUGUUUGCAUCUGUUUUGAUAAAUGAUGUUGACACCCUCCAUCGAAUUCUAAGUGGAAUAAUGUCAGCAAGAGAUACAAUCCUUGGCCUGUGUAUCUUUGCAUUAGCCUUGUCCUUGACCAUGAUGUUCACCUUCCGAUUCAUCACCACUCUUCUGGUUCACAUUUUCAUUUCAUUGGUUAUUCUUGGAUUGCUGUUUGUCUGCGGUGUCUUAUGGUGGCUGUAUUAUGACUAUACCAACGAUCUCAGCAUAGAAUUGGACACAGAAAGGGAAAAUAUGAAGUGUGUGCUGGGGUUUGCUAUUGUGUCUACAGUCAUCACGGCAAUUCUGCUCGUCUUGAUUUUUGUCCUCAGAAAGAGAAUAAAAUUGACAGUGGAGCUUUUCCAAGUCACAAAUAAAGUCAUCAGAAGCUCUCCUUUCCUGCUGUUCCAGCCACUAUGGACAUUUGCCAUCCUCAUUUUCUUCUGGAUCCUUUGGGUGGCUGUGCUGCUGAGCCUGGGAACUGCCGGAACUGCCCAGGUCAUCACAGAUGGCCAAGUGGAAUAUCAGCCUCUUUCAGGCAUUCGAUAUAUGUGGUGGUACCAUUUAAUCGGCCUCAUCUGGACUAGCGAAUUCAUCCUUGCAUGCCAGCAAAUGACGAUAGCAGGGGCAGUGGUUACGUGGUAUUUCAACAGAAAUAAAAAUGACCCUCCUGACCAUCCAAUCCUUUCAUCUCUCUCCAUUCUUUUCUGGUACCAUCAGGGAACAGUGGUGAAAGGGUCUUUUUUAAUUACUGUGAUGAGGAUUCCAAGAAUCAUUCUCAUGUGCAUUUAUGACACCCUGAAAACGAAGCAGCACGGCAAAUGGUCAAGGGGCACAUUCAGAUGCUGCUACUGCUGUUUCUUGUGUCUUGACAGAUACCUGCGCCAUGUCAACCAGAAUGCUUAUACUACCACUGCCAUUAACGGGACAGAUUUUUGUACAUCAGCAAAAGAUGCGCUCAAAAUUGCAUCCAAGAAUUCAAGUCAUUUUACACCCAUUAACUGCUUUGGAGACUUCAUGAUUUUUCUGGGAAAGGUGUUGGUGGUGUGUUUCACCGUUUUUGGAGGACUGAUGGCUUUUAACUACAACCGUGUGCUCCAGGUGUGGACAAUUCCCCUGUUAUUGGUCGCCUUUUUUGCCUACUUAGUCGCUCAUAGUUUUUUAUCUGUGUUUGAAACUGUGCUGGAUGCACUCUUCCUAUGUUUUGCUGUUGAUCUGGAAACAAAUGAUGGAUCCUCAGAAAAGCCGUACUUUAUGGACCAAGAUUUUUUGAGUUUUGUGAAAAGGAUCAACAGAGUUAACACUGCAAGGGCUCAGAGAGACAAGGACUCAUUAAGGACUGAAGAAGGAACAGAACUCGGGCCCAUUGUGAGAUAG